GCUUGUGAUACGAUAGAACCUAGGAAUGUUGGAUCAGUGGAGCCUGAAAGUAACGUGAAUUUAGUUGAUCUGAAAGAAGGAGAGCACAAAUUGGAAAUGUUUCUAUCAAGGAUGCGUAAACAGCAACUGCAAACACCACCCACCGAGCAGGCUUUCAAAGCUGAAAUCGCUAAAGCCAAUGUUAGAAAGGUUCGAGAAUCGGGAGUCAUCGUCAGAAGUCCAGAAGCAGUCGAUUCGUUUGUUUCACCAAUCUCCUCGGAAGGGACUGCGCACAACUUCAGUUUUGCAUCACCCAUUCAAAACACCAAAAUUCUGCCGCCUGCUGCCGUAUUAUCAAAUGGUCAACAAACCGUGGAUAAGAAUCAGUCAGAAGAAUGUAAUGAUGCCAAUGCAAGUGCCAAUCAAGAUGAGUCAUUAAAACUGCCACUAGAAGAAUACAGCGAUGACGAGAGUGAUGAGGAGCAUGCAUUGAAUCAAGGCAAUUUAUUCGAUACCCAGUCACCGCCAUCUGAAUUCGCCAAGUUUUGUGAUACUUCUAGAAAUCAACCUGUAAAUACUGACUCAGCAAAACAGAUCGUUCACGGAGCUGAUCAACCGGUACAAAACGAAGGCCUAGAUACAACAGACUUAAGUCGGAUCCAGAAAUGGAUUACUGCGACAGCAAAUGCAGCACGAAGUGACGAUCACGAACAGGAGAAUGCGAUAAGUAGUCCAGCGCAAAUCUACGUAACACCACUGCGAGGUGGAGGGUUAUUGCCACCGAACUUUUUGAGUCGGGACUCGAGAACGUUACAUCCUCAUCAACACCAUCGCCAAUACAAACCAAGAGGAAUUGUCCGAAGACGAGGCCUUCAUAAAUUAUCGUUUACAAAGUACGCUAGAGAUAGUUCUCGUCGCUUUAAAAAUGAAACCGAAGAGGGUAUUGUCGAGAUAAAUCAACCAGAAGACAGAACUAGACCAGAUCAGGCAAAUAUUCAUAAUGAUCAUUACGGCAACAGAAAUAAUUUCGCAUCUGAUCAACUGAAUAACGACCAUGGCAGUAGCAAUAAGAACAAGGAGAGUCUAUCAAUUGAUAAGGAAUCCUCCUAUCAAACAGCUCAAGAGGAUCCCAUCGAAUGCCGCACGAAUGAGGCGCAGAAUUAUCAGCAUGUUCAAGAUCAAGAUGAAAUUCCUUUACAUCGUCAGUUCCUGCAA